UACAUUUCUAGUUGUACAUACUUACUACACAUUGAUAGUAUAGUGUGUAGAAAAGAACAAUAAACAACAAAACAUACGCAUGGAUAUUCUUGGAGUUGUAACCGUUCCAGGCUGGGUACUUACAAUAAUCAUCAUAAUUAUUACUUUGUAUUUAUAUUCGUUAUGGCAUCAUAGCCUAUGGCGUCGUAAUGGUAUUCCAGGACCUAAACCAACACCUUUCCUUGGAGUCCUACCACUUAUUAAAAAACAUGGACUAGCAAAAGCAGAUUUAGAACUUGUAACGAAGUAUGGAUCAGUAGUAGGAGUUUACAAUGGUCUUUUACCUGUGUUGUUGGUAACUGAUCCAGCAAUGAUCAAGGAAAUUUUCAUAAAAGAGUUUUCUAAUUUCACAAAUAGACCUAUUCCGUUCAAGAUGGACAAAGAGAUGGCAUCUGGUGUUGGUGCGGCCUUCGAUAACCAUUGGAAGUUUCUCCGUAGUACACUUUCUCCUACAUUCUCAUCCGGGAAACAAAAACUGAUGGUCCCCAAAAUACACAGAUGCUGUACGGACCUAGUUGCAAACAUCCAAAAGCAGCGAGAACAAGGACACGUCGACAUGAAGGAAGUAUGUGGAGCUUAUACUAUGGAUGUAAUUGCUAGUACUGCAUUUGGUAUAGAAGUCAAUUCACAGAAAGAUCCAAACAAUCAAUUCGUUAAACAUGCAAAAGAGGCAGCUCUUGGAGAGAUAUUUAAACUUAAAUUUCUUCUUAUUAUGUUGUUUCCGUUUUUGAAAAACUUGGUAACAGUGCAAUUGUCGUCAAAAGCAGUUAAUGAUUUCUUCAAAACUGUUGUAGAUUCUGCAAUUGAAUUAAGGAAAACAGGACAUGAAGUUUACAACGAUUUUCUACAACUGAUGUUAAACGCUCGCCAUGAUGAUACACAAUCAGAGUACUUUACCAAGGGGGAUGUUCAAGAGUUUAAAAAUAGAGGAUUAAACAGUAUGGAAUUGAAAGAAAAUGCUGUUACCUUUUUCAUUGCUGGUUACGACACAACAGCUAAUACAUUAUCAUUUGCGUGUUAUUGCCUAGCAACUAACCAAGGCGUCCAAGGCAAAUGUAUUGACGAAAUAGAAAAUGUUAUCAAAGGCGGAACGCCACAGAUGGAAGACCUUGUCGAAUUAGAAUAUUUAGAUAGAUUUUUUAAUGAGGUACUUCGCCUCUACGGUGCAGCAUCAAGAUUUCACCGAGCUGCAAGAGAGGAUGUGACAGUCAGUGGUGUUCAUAUUCCUAAAGAUGUAAAUGUCAGUGUGCCUAUUUAUGCCUUACAUAGAAAUCCUAAAUACUGGCCAGACCCUGAAAAAUUCGACCCGGAUAGGUUUACUGACGAGAACAAAGCUAAAAGACCAGAGUAUACAUUUGUUCCAUUUGGUGUAGGUCCAAGAAUAUGUAUUGGAAUGAGAUUGGCACUGAUGGAAGCUAAAAUGGCGUUAGUGUUUAUGUUACAGAGGUUUAAUUUUUCACCCUGCAGUGAGACAGAGAUCCCUGUCGAACUGGAACAAGGAGCAAUAAUUCGAGCCAAGAACGGCAUCAAGUUGAAUAUCAUCAAUCGAUAGGAACAUUACAUGUAUUUUUAUAUGUGGAAGAUUUCCUAUAUACUAUGUAUCAAUGGUUAUAUAUGUUUAUUAUAGUGAACUUUAUUUGUAUUAUAAGUUACAUAGUGUGUUAGUGAUUUUAUAUGAUAUAUUCAGGGUCAGUAAAUUCCAUAUGGGGUGAGAAGCUAAUUUUCCCUUUUUUAUCGUAUUCGAUUAUCAAUAAAAGAUGGUAUUUGAUGUA